AUGGCACAAAACACCACCGUCACCGUUUACAACCCCGCCACCGCCAUCACCGGUCCAAUCCAAACCCCCUACUCAUCCCACUUAGCACUCUCCCAAUCCCUCCGCGGCGGUGCAAUUCUCCAAGUGACCAAUCUCGCUCAAGCCAAAAUCGCCGAAGAAGCAGGCGCGUGCGCCGUCACAAUCCUCGACCCAAUCCCCGCCGGAAAACUCACCAUAUCCCGAAUGCCCGAUCCUUCCCUCAUCAAAUCCAUCAAAAACUCCCUCUCAGUUCCCGUCAUCGCCGCCGCAAGAAUCGGCCACUUCGUCGAAGCGCAAAUCCUCCAAGCCAUCGGCGUUGAUUACAUUGACGAAACCGAACUUCUCACCCCCGCCGACGAUGAGAACCACAUCAACAAACAGAAUUUCCAAAUCCCUUUCAUCAGCAGCGCCCGCAGCCUCGGAGAAGCACUUUACAGAAUCAGAGAAGGCGCAAUCAUGAUCAGACUCCAAGGAGAGUUAACAAACUCAGGUAACAUUUCAGAAACCGUCAAGAGCGUAAGGUGUUUGAUGAAAGAGCUCAGAGUCCUCAAUAACAUGGAUGAUGAUGAAGUUUUCAAUUUCGCCAAGAAAAUCGAAGCGCCUUAUGAUUUGCUUGCGCAGACCAAACAAAUGGGGAGGCUUCCUGUUUUGCAUUUUGCCGCCGGCGGGAUUGUUACUCCGGCGGACGCCGCGCUGAUGAUGCAACUCGGCUGUAAUGGUGUGGUUGUGGGGUCGGAGAUUUUUGAUUAUGAAGAUGCUUUUAAUCGUGUCAAGGGUAUAGUUCAAGCUGUUAGGAAUUUCAAUGAUCCUCAUGUUUUAAUUGAAACUAUGAUGAUGGGUCUUAAUCUUGGUGAUAAUAGGAUUGAAGAUGGGUCUUAA